AUGGAGGCAAGCGAGGUUGGUAGUGACCGCUCGCUCACGGAACAGGCAGCAAGGCGGCGAGAACGGAUCCUCGCGAACCGAAGGAAACGUUUAGCUGUGGCAAGUGGUUCAGCGCCAGAGGAAGUAGAGGAGGCAGCUCGUAGAGACCAACAAGGUGCGCCCGGUGACGCCCAUUUGCGGCUUUCGGGACGUGUUCGGCAGGAGGCUGAAACCCAGCCGACUCGUGCCCCUGUUGGUGCGAACACAGCUGGCACUCCGAGUGUGGAAACGAAACUCCGUCGAAGACUCUGGCUCUGGAGCUGCGGAUAUGCCGUAGUAUCGUGGGAAAUCGUGCUCGGCUUAGCUGCGGUGCUCUGCGGCUUCGGUGCCUGGGCCCAACUGCACGACCUGGACUCGAGUUUACCGCUUAAAGCGUCUAGUCUUUCUCCACCCGUCGUGUUCUUGACGCUGGAGGUAAGUGCGCUGGGCAGCGCUCUACUGCAACGCCAGCUCGAGCGUCGUUCACGUCACUGGUUGGCGCACAGCUGGUGGCUCCUCACGCGUCUGCACCGCUGGUCACUCGAAACGGCGCUCUUCUUUUUCCUAUUCUUUGCGACGAUUCUCGUAUUGACGACAGUGGAGACGCAUCUUUUGCAACCGCUCUAG